AGAUAUGUUGAGGACACUAAUUCCGACACCAAACUUACAAGGCUUCACACCAUGGUCAUGCGUAGUCCCUUCCUCAAGGAUGUUGUUCGUCGACUCUUCGAGAAUUACCCCGGCGAGCCAUCUGCACACAUGGAGGAACCAAAAUAUGCUCCGCCUUUCCGUCCCUUCUUCCACCAAUGGGCGAAGCUUCAAUACAUCUAUGUCCGAACGGCCGCAUCCGAUCCAGCAGGAGCGGCGCAACUCGCUGCCGUUCUCGGUGUGCUUAAAGAAGAGAUCGGCGGGAGCAGCAUGCAGGAUAUCAAGAAUCUUGCGCGGAACGGGGAAGUUACCUUCGACAGCCUCUGGGCGAUGUUUCCACCAGGCUGUCCCGUUAUCAGCGGUCAAGGCUCGAGCCAGCAUCUGUACUUGGUUGAUGAUGCUCAGUACUUUACGGACAGGGAAGGUAGAAAAGUCUUUCAGCUUGUCUUGAAGGAUAUCGAUCACAAUGGUAGCGUCUUUGGCUGGCGCAAAUCAACAAACAUCGUAGCUGGGUUCGAUGGCACUAUGGGUAUCGAUCAGCUUCCUGCUGUGCCAGUACAUCUCCAUUUUGAUGCGAAUGCAGUGGAGGAGGCCGCUACCAUUCGCGGCACAAGAGUUGCCAAACUCAUAUCUGAGGGAGUGGCGUAUCGGUCUCAUGAGGGGUUGGCCGACAUUCACAGCAUGGGUCAGAGAUAUCUCUCCGGCCGUGUGGUCGCCGACUCGAAAUCUUACGUUCAGCAAACCUCAGGCAAGAGCCGCUUAGAGAAUGAGACUGGCAACAUGUCGACUUCACCUGGCCGACUGCAAGCAUUGCUCCCGAAACAGCCCAAUCAGCAAAACGCAGGAUUAAGCCUGGAGGGCUACACCUACCUCUCCGUGAUGGAAAACUUCAACUUACACCCAGUGCUCUCAGUUGGCAAAACCAACUUACGCGAGACCGUGGACAACCCCGACGACCGUUCAGGAUCGAAUCUCCUCAACCAACACGGCUGGACGACAUCAGUCUUCGGCAGUCCACCAGAAGCCUUCGUCCGUCCCAUCGUACGAGGUUACUGCUUAACUUCCAAACUCUGGGCCACCUUCAACGUAACCAACAUCUCCGACAUCACCUGGAACGCCAACGCCUUCGACGCACUCGUUAUGCAACCAGCACGCAAAAAGCUUCUCGAAGCCCUCAUCAAACAACAACAAAUCUAUAAAACCGACUCCCAAGUCGACGAUGUCAUCGCAGGGAAAGGUCAAGGUCUCGUCUUACUUCUCCCAGGCCCUCCAGGAACAGGAAAAACUCUGACCGCCGAGUCGAUCGCCGACCGUCUCCAGAUCCCUCUCUACGCAGUCAGCGCCAGCGAACUCGGCGACACAGUCGCAGCAAUCGAGGAGAAAUUCGGCCAAGUCCUUCAACUCGCUGCGCAAUGGAAUGCAGUCCUUCUCCUCGACGAAGCCGAUGCGUUUCUCGAAAAGCGAGUCGAUCAUUUCUCGGCUCGAGAUCGCAACAAACGCGUCGCCGCCUUCUUACGCAUUUUGGAAUAUUACAAAGGUAUUCUGAUCCUCACAACCAACAGGAUGAUCAGUUUUGAUGAUGCUUUCUACUCGCGCAUUCAUCUGACUUUGCCAUUCAAGGCGCUUGAUGUGGAGUCGAGGAAGGGGAUUUGGAAGAAUUUUCUGCGUGGGGCUGAGAUUUCUGAGGACGAGAUUCGAGAGUUCGCUGAAGAGGAUUUGAAUGGGAGGCAGAUUAAGAAUAUCAUGAAGAUGGCUAGAUUGUUGGCGAAGGCGAAUGAGGAGGCUUUGGGGGCUGGACAUGUCAGGGAAGUUAUGGGUGUUGCGAGGGAGGAUGCUGAGGGUUUGAUUGAGUGAUGCGAUGCGAUACUGGCGGGAGGUUGAGAAGGGGAAGGAGUGUCCAGUUUUGAAGCUUCUCUCUCCAGGUAUGCUAUCUCCGCUAUUGCUUCUCCCGUCC